AUGAAGAGGGCUAUUGCGCAUGUGAUGUGGGGCAUGAUAGGGGCCUCCAUUCUGCUGAUGGCGCUGGUUACCAUCAAGAGUUAUGUCAUGUACGCCACGCACUCGACCAGGGGGACUGGACCUUACCACACCCGCGCACAGUCUACCAACCAAACGGUGCUGCUGGUCAUGGCCAUUGUAUCGACCGCAGCGACGGCGGCUGUGGUGUAUUUGGUCAUCCGAUUGCGACGCAAACUGGACAAGGCCAUUGUUGUGAUUCAGGAGGCCAGCAG